AUGUUCCAGCGAGUCUGGAGUUUCAUGCGGUUGCUCAGUCACACUGCCAUCGCCGCUGUGGAGGCAGCAGUGCGAAUGAGGAUCGACACACUUUUCUGGUCCUUUGUUGCGGAAAUCGAAGAUGACUUAACUUCGACAGACUCUCAGCUGGCCAGGUAGUAAGCCAUCCAUCCCGACAUCAUAUUGUCUUAUGAAUCGGUAGGCUACUCUUGAGAAUGUAUGCUAAUCCUCUUUUGGGUGUCUUUGUUGCGGGAAGUAGUUUGUUGAUUGCUGAAGUUUGCUUGAGCUUUUUUUCCAUGCAAGAAGCAUAUAAUCUUGUUGCUUAUGGCUAGAGAAAGUUAAAUAUUGUCAACAAUAGAACUUGGGAAGUGUUGCUUGCUUGUGAUCCAUGCUAUCAAAAUAUGUGCUUGGGAAAUUACAUUUUCCGGGAUUACAUUGAAAGGCUGUAACCCCAACACAAAUGGUUAUCCUGUUUUAUUUCUCUUAAAAUAGCCUACUGCACAAUGUAAUUGAGGAACAAGGCAAAUACCGUGUUGCGAUGCUGCGUAAACUUGCUUGCUUUCCAGCUGCCGGUUGCGCAUGUCUCCACUGUAGUAGGACAGCGCCUAGUCAUAUAGCAGAACAGAGAGGAGUUGAUUGAGAGAUCAUUUGCGUUGUGAGCUGCGCAGUGCUUGGGCCACUGGGACAAAAGCCUUCCUGUAUUCAAGGCUCCAUCUCUGUAACCCGGUUCCGUUGGUCCUACUUCACUCAACUUAACCCCCCUCUCAAACCCGCACUAGUACUAUUUUUUUCCCCCGCUGCUCUCACCAUGCCUGUGUAGCACAUGGGGAUGUGUGAAACUUACUUCUCAGCCUGAAGUGUGACCACUUGCAGCUGACUGCUAGCUUUUCGCGUGGUGCUGACUGGUAAGACAGUUUCAGGAGGGUGGUCACAUGUGCUAGCAAGGCAGUGGUCCUGUGUUCGAGCCAAAGGUGCGUGACCCAGAUCCACAGUUGUGCUCAGCUAAACGCUGGGGGCGCUGUUGAGUACAUUUGAGGGGUGAAUGUAGCACAUUGGGAUGUGUGAAACUUACUCCUCAGCCUGAAAUGUCACCACUUGCACUGCCAAAUUGCUAGCUCUUAAUUUUUUUAUUUCACCUUUAUUUUAACCAGGUAAGCCAGUUGAGAACAAGUUCUCUUUUGGUGUCACGCCGACUAGUAAGACGCUUUACGAGGGUGGCAAGGCAAAGGUCCAAGUCUUGUGUGAGCCGAAUCAGAAGGUACUCACUAAGCAAGCAGUGUGACAUCCUUUACACCUGCAUACCCUCAAAUAUCCAGAGCGGGAAUUGUAGAGCUGGAUAUGUUGUUAUUAUGGUUGUAGGCACAUUGGGGUUUGUAAGUUGUCCCGCUGUCAUUUUUUAAAAUACAUUUUAGUCAUUUAGCAGACGCUCUUAUCCAGAUCGACUUACUGUUAGUGCACACAUUUUUCAUACUGGCCCCCUGUGGGAAUCGAACCCACAACCCUGGCGUUGCAAGCGCCAUGCUCUACCAACUGAGCUACAGGAGGCCUACAUGUCAUGGUGUGUGCCUGUAACCCUUGUCUGUUUCAAGAAUUUCCAGUUGGAGGGAAGUGUGUCUUUCUUAUCUCAUUUUGUUGACACCCUCCUCUGCACUGCAACCUUAGAAAAGAUUGAUAGUCAUUUGAGGUGUUCCAUGAGUCACACACACACCCCCUUACAGAAAAACCACAUGAUUUCACAUGUGUAAAAUCACAUGAUUUCAGUGAAAUUGUUUUUGGAACACUUCACAUGUUUUCAAGUGUAGUUUCAUGUUAUCACAUAAACUUCAUAUAAGAUCACAUCCCACUGGAAACACACUGGUUCAAUGAAAUUAUUUUGAACCAACGUGGAAUAUAUGUUGAAUUGACGUCUGCCCAGUGGGAUGUGAUCACAUGAAAACAUGUGUUUUUGGAACACUUCACGUGACAUUCAUGUGGGUUUUCCGUAAGGGCACACACACACAAACACACUGCGCAAGACUUCACACUCUAGGCUAUACAAAUAAAUAAUAAAGAGAGUUGCACACUAUAUAUAAGCUCUCAGUAAUUUAUUGGGUAAACCAAUGUUUCGGCAUCACUGUGAUGGCACAUGAGAAGGCACUGUGAUAUUAGGUUCAUGGUUUACCUAAUAAAUUACUGGGAGCUUGUAUAUAGAGUGUGCAACUCUCUUGAUUUUUAUAGCCUACAGUUUACUCGCCGUUAGUCAGCACCUCUACUAACUGUUUUGAGUGUGCGCCAGCUCAUGCUUUUCACAAGACUUCACACUCAACAACAUAUUUCAGCCUUUUAUCGUAAUUGAGUUCUGUAAUUAACAUCAUCCUUCUUGUUUAUAGUUUUGCAGAGGAGGGGUUGCAGCAGGGAUGUCUUGAUAUGAGUCAUUUUGUUCUUUGUUUGUGUUGCUGAAUGGAAUGAAACUCCGAGACUUGUGAGAAAACACUUUACAUGCAACUUUGAAGGUGUUCUGAAUGGUAUGGUUCAGUUUCAAGGAGCUCAGACAACCAAACCACUCCUCUGCUCUCUUAACAAAACAAAGUGUUGAGAUCGAGGAGUUGGCAGGGAAAUGCUGUAUUGUUAGAUUGCAUUGUUUUUGGAGUCAUGUUUUGGAUCAUGGUUGGAGUGUGUAAUGUAAUUGCGUGGCUACAUAAUGUUUGGGUAGGCCUACACUGAUUAAAGUACCACUGACAAUGGUACACUUUGACUACGGGUUUGCCAGGGUCGUUUCCUUUGGGACUAGGGAAGUUAUUGUUUUUGCCCUCUUGUUAUGUUGUGGGAGAGAUGGUUGAUCUUUACUUCAUGAACUAAAUACCAGACAGUACCGGUUUUGUACCAGGAUGGCCUGAAAUUCCAUGGAACGCUUACAGUGUACUUGUCUGUGUCUGCUCUCACCUUACUGGGACAGGAAGGAGGUAUGUGGGUUUAUACACCUCUGUUCUCUCUAGGUUUACUGAGGGGGUUAUUGGCAAGUAAACUAAAGUGUAGUUUUAGUGAAUGCGCCAUGUACAUACAGUAGUUGACCUUUCCGUUUCUUGCUUGCAUGUGAAAACUAAUCUCAGUUCAACUGGCAAACUAGGUGCAAAGUCAGGCUGAGAUUGGAUCAGCUCUAGUAUCUAAUUACAAAGGGGAUGUUGAUAGGUGUAGACCACCAGGCUUGUGUGUGUCUGAGACAGUCUAAGGGCUGUUUGUUGAGGACAGAACAGUUUAUUGUGUGUUGGUUCAUACUUCUCAGCUAUGGUGGUAAACACAGUUAUGAUGACUAAGGCCAUGUCUACACUUGACACUUACAUGUGACUUCUGCUAUCAGAAUACGAAGCUCACAAUGAAAAGACAGGUCUACACACACAAAAGUCGCUUUGUGGUUUGAUUGUGUUCAGAUCUGGCUGACCACUUCAGGAUGUGGUCAGAGAUGCAUUGUGUGCCGAUUUCUCCUCAGUCUGGACACAAUCCGGCUACCAAAAGCGCAUACAGUGGGCAACGUCAUAAGCACUCCUCCCACAAGUCUCCAGAAUACUUGGGUUUUGGGACCAAGAGGCACCUUUUCAUUAUAACGUUGGAGAAAAUACAUUCCUAGCAUGUGGGGAAGGUGUUUGCUGGCCUCAUAAAUGCUAGCCAGCCAGCUAAUAUUUAGAAAAACAAUUUUCUGUUAGGCUAGAGUUAAGCUAACUAGUUUGCACUCCCUUUAGCGUUGCUUGCUGGCUAGCUACAGAGGUUAGCUGGCUACUUCACUACAGUAGUUAGCUACUUCCAUCAGCUGUUGUGUUAUAAUCAUAUUUAGCCUAUUCCACCAUUUGUAGAAUGCAUACUGGCAUUUGAAUAUAGCGCGGAAACAGACACAAUGUGGACAGGGUGGACACAUCUACAUUUAAAUGUAGACGCAUGAUGUGUUCGGAAUUCCAUGAUAAGAACUCCAUUAUCAGAAUACAAAAGUUGCAUGAACUGUCAAGUCUAGACAAGGCCUAAGCUUCCUCUUGCUUGUGAUACGCAGCAUUGUUUAGUGUCACAAAGAUUGAAGAGCAUAUCUUCCUCAAACCUUUCCAGACAAUCUGUUGAUAUCAAACAACUGUGCUAUGUCUAAUUUUGUUGUAUGCACUUGCAGGGUAAAGUACAACUUUGUAAACAAAUAAUCUUUCAGAGUAUAGGCCUCAUUCAAGGAGUCUCUGUCUAUGUUUCUGUCAAAGUAGAUUUGCAUGACAAGCACGAUCUACCAAACUAUCCACUGCAGUGUUAAAAAAUGGUUUUCCUUGCUUCAAUGUCUUCUUUUUAGCACAGUAAAGUCUGAAAUGCUGGAAUCUACAUGUGAAAGAGUCAAGUCGAACAGGGUUGUCUCAGAUAGCUAGGCAGGCGGUAGGCAGACAAGAGGGACUUGUUUUGGACAUGGGAUAGCUGCAGUAAUUUAUGGAGGUAAUUAAGCAGAGUUAGUUUUUAAAGGGGAUCACUCUGUGCUCCUGUGUGUGCUUAAGACGCACACAUUUGCAAGGCUUUUGUGUGCGUGUCCCUAUUAAGGCUUCAUUCUCUGAGUGGGCAGCUGUGUGCCUGUCUGCGAGGCACUGGACCAUACUCUCCCUCGCUCUCUCUGUAGCCCUCUCACUUUAUCUCUCUCCUUUGCUCUCUCCCCUCUCUUUCUUUCUGUGGUUCCCUGGCCAAGGCGUUAUGCAAAGCCUCCAGAAAAAAGGAUUGUUAGCCAUGCCAGUCUGUGCCUCUGUGUUGCACACAUUUGAUUUUAACGACAGCCCUUUCUCUCUUUCUGUGUGACCUUCAGUCAUAACUGCUCUGCUUCGCCCACAGCGUCAAAAGCAGUGAGCUGAGUUCAAAACAAAAAGUAAUGUUCCACGGUUCCCCCCACGUUUCUGUGUGUAUACACUACCAGUCAAAAGUUUUAGAACACCUACUAAUUCAAGGGUUUUUCUUUAUUUUUACUAUUUUCUACAUUGUAGAAUAAUAGUGAAGACAUCACAACGAUUAAAUAACACAUGGAAACAUGUAGUAACCAAAAAAGAGAUUCUUCAAAUAGCCACCCUUUGCCUUGAUGACAGCUUUGCACACUCUUGGCAUUCUCUCAACCAAGCUUCACCUGGAAUGCUUUUCCAACAGUCUUGAAGGAAUUCCCACAUAUGCUGAGCACUUGUUGGCUGCUUUUCCGUCACUCUGCGGUCUGACUCAUCCCAAACCAUCUCAAUUUGGUUGAGGUCGGGGGAUUGUGGAGGCCAGGUCAUCUGAUGCAGCACUCCAUCACUCUCCUUCUUGGUAAAAUAGCCCUUACACAGCCUGUAGGUGUGUUGGGUCAUUGUCCUGUUGAAAAACAAAUGAUAGUCCCACUAAGCCCAAACCAGAUGUGAUGGCGUAUCGCUGCAGAAUGCUGUGGUAGCCAUGCUGGUUAAGUGUGCCUUUUGAAAAAAUAAAAAAAUAAAUGACAGUGUCACCAGCAAAGCACCCCCACACCAUAACACCUCCUCCUCCAUGCUUUACGGUGGGAAAUACACAUGCAGAGAUCAUCCGUUCACCCACACCGCGUCUCACAAAGACACGGCGGUUGGAACCAAAAAUCUCCAAUUUGGACUCCAGACCUAAGGACACAUUUCCACUGGUUUAAUGUCCAUUGCGCGUGUUUCUUGGCCCAAGCAAGUCUCUUCUUAUUAUUGGUGUCUUGUAGUAGUGGUUUCUUUGCAGCAAUUCGACCAUGAAGGCCUGAUUCACACGGUCUCCUCUAAACAGUUGAUGUUGAGAUGUGUCUGUUACUUGAACUCUGUGAAGCAUUUAUUUGGGCUGCAAUUUCUGAGGCUGGUAACUCUAAUGAACUUAUCCUCUGCAGCAGAGGUAACUCUGGGUCUUCCAUUCCUGUGGCGGUCCUCAUGAGAGCCAGUUUCAUCAUAGCGCUUGAUGGUUUUUGCGACUGCAUUUGAAGAAACAUUCAAAGUUUAGACUGUCAUUUCUCUUAGCUUAUUUGAGCUGUUCUUGCCAUAAUAUGGACUUGGUCUUUUACCAAUUAGGGCUACCCCCCCCCCCCCCCCCCCCACCACCUUGUCACAACACAACUGAUUGGUUCAAACGCAUUAAGAAAGAAAGAAAUUCAACAAAUUAACUUUUAAGAAGGUACAUCUGUUAAUUGAAAUGCAUUCCAGGUGACUACCUCAUGAAGCUGGUUGAGAGAAUGCCAAGAUUGUGCAAAGCUGUCAUCAAGGCAAAGGGUGGCUAUUUGAAGAAUCUCAAAUAUAAAAUAUUUUGAUUUGUUUAACACUUUCUUGGUUACUACAUGAUUCCAUAUGUCUUAUUUGAUAGUUUUGAUGUCUUCACUAUUAUUCUACAAUGUAGAAAAUAGUAAAAAUAAAGAAAAACCCUUGAAUGAGUAGGUGUUCUAAAACCUUUGACCGGUAGUGUAUAGAUCUCAUUUACAUGAUGCAUUUGUAAAUAUUACGUCUCGAACACCCACAGAUUCUAAGAUGGACUACUGAGAACAAAGGAGGCAUUCUGGCGUACAUCAUUUUCUUCAUUACCACUGAUUGGUGAGAGGCCUGAUACGAAGCCUUAUGAUGAGAUGGACAAACACCUCUAAUGGACAAACCCUGAAUUCCCUGUUGACAACUGAAGUGACUUCAUGUUUUGUUUUUGUUUUUUUCCGUUCACUAUCAUAAGACGUCUGUUAUGAAUGACAAAUGAGUAAUUCUGUUUAUUCUCCACCUUCUCCUUUCUUCCUGCUUUUCUUAACGACACCGCAUAUCUCCUGAAUCAUUCAAUGUUUGGUUAGACUUUCUGUUGAUUCUGUCUAGAGCGUAAUCCCUCAAUAAUACACCCCUAAAAGAUUUAUAGAACCUUUCUGUUGUUUUAUGGUGCAGACAGUCUAAAUAAAAGGAUUAGCGAGAAGAACCUGUUUUCCAUGCUAUUUCUGAAGCAGUGGCCUGCACUUCUCAGUUUUUCACAGUAUUUGCCACAGUUUCUCUGCCAAGAUGUUUCGCCUCUCACAAUUGUGAGGUUUAAUGAGCUGAGUGAAAUCAGGUUUCUUCCAUCUCAGUUGUAGUUAUAAUGGUAGCUAAGUUAGUGUUGGUGUGUUUUGGCAAUCUCUUUGCACUACACCUUCAUCUUUUACAUUAUGUGAACGUAUAACUUGAUUAUUACAGUGUUACACUUUACUAUGCAAAACUUAGCAAUCAUCUCUAAUGUAUAAUUUAGCAGGAUCAAUACUUGAUUGUGAUGGCUGUGUGUCAGGAGAGGAGACACACCUGUAGAUGUGUGUAGGAGGCACCUGCAGGUCAUUAGUAACACAAACACAAGCAUGACAACCAGUCAUUAGUAAUACAAACACACGCAUGACAACCGGCCUGGCGGAGAUAAGACAGAGUACAGAAAGAUCAACGCAUUCUCAGCUGCUGAAAAUGAAAUUCUCACACAUUUACAUUAAGAUUAUAAAAAAGCUGAAGGUGGUCAUCUGCCAUUAUAUUAGUAUGAAAGUAUUGUAUGGAAAGAAUAACAAAUAUCUUAAUCCAUCUAUUUUUACUAUUUUCUACAUUGUAGAAUAAUAGUGAAGACAUCAAAACUAUGAAAUAACACAUAUGGAAUCAUGUAGUAACCAAAAAGGUGUUAAACAAAUCAAAAUAUAUUUUAUAUUUGAGAUUCUUCAAAUAGGCACCCUUUGCCUUGAUGACAGCUUUGCACACUCAGUUUUGUCAUAGUUUGGUUGAGUAUAAAACUAUCACUUAGAAUUCAUUUGUUGGCAGUCUAGAGUAAUGCAUUACUCAUAAAACAUGUUUAGAACUUUGAUUAUUCAGAAACAUAAAAUACCGCCAUACCGUCAAAAUAAUAUGAUAUUUUGGCCAUAUCGUCACCCUCCACCCCAACACACACCCACACCAUUCAUCCCCUAGCUCCCCCCAAACGAGUCCUGCAGCGUUAUGUAACUAUCUUGGAGGGGUGUGCUACCCGGGACGUGGAAGUUACUUUCUGUAUAACGUCACCUAUUUAAACACCGUAGGAGUGGCCCCCUUCCUUAGCCUUAAUGGAGUCCUGUGAGGGGGGUUAACCAUCAUGGUCUGGUCUGGAGGCUCUCAUGUAACAUAUCCCUAGUGGAUUAGGGCCUGGUUAAUGUGCAUAGAGCAACCUGUCAGGGGUAAUGGGAGAAACCACAUGCUGAGGGAGCGAUGGGUGAGGGGAUGAGAGAGGAGGUAAUUAGUGGGGUACCUGAUGUGAGGAGAGCCCUGGAAUGCAAAGGGUUUUCCAGAAGGGGGGCCUCUGGCCUGUACCUCCUUUAUAAUCACACACUUGGACCCACCCGGUUCAGUCUUGUUCUAUAGAAAGGGAUGAUUUAAGAAGAAGUGAUCCUACAUCAGCUUUGACGAGCAUAGCAUCAUUACAGCUCAUACUGGACAGCAACACUUUUUGCAGUGUCUGGUGUCCAUCUCUCAAGCCUGAACUAAUGUAGUCCAUUGAUAUGUACUGUUUAGAUAUGACAUAGUCCUAGUUUAUAACAUCCAGGUCAGAGGUUGGCCUUUUUCAACAUGAGCACAUGUCCGCAUAAUGCUGCAUAUGUUACCCAUCCAUACUGUAGCAUGCCUGCCCAUUGUCGACUAGGAAUUGUAUAGAUCAACCAGCAGCACUGUACUGUAGUGAGGAAACACAGACAGAUGUUGCUGCAGUAGUUUGAAAAACAUCUGGGUGGAUGUGUUGACAAUGUCUUUAUGUGUACUGUGUGGACAAUAAAAGUGGAUGUGAAGGCAUGAUGGGAUAUUGCACAAGUUGACUGUGUUCCUCCUUUUCUGAUUGAGGGGCAGUGUGUGUGUGUGUGGCACCAGAUACAGUAUCUGUGUGUGAGAGACUGAUUAUAGCUUUGACAACACUUUGUUGAUUUCCUUUCGCGGCUUUUCUUAUCACAUGUUAGCUAAUGAAGUUGCUGCUGCUCACCAGCACCCUGAAAUAGAGUGCUGACUGGUAAGCACAGGGGAAGUGUUAUUUGUGUAUGUGUCAGUAACUUUUUAAAAUGGCAACACAUUUUGCACUCCCAUGUGGGGGGGGGGGGUUGACAUAUCAGUGCCAUGGAAACCUUUCUCAAGAAAGGUGUGUUUCUCUCUCUCUGUUGUUUUUCUCCCUUUGUCACAGGACUGGGUUGUCAUGGUCACUGCUCUUCUUUCAGAGAUAAAGAAGUCAAUGGCCUUUCAAAGUGCUCAUAGAGAUAGAGCCUUUAUUUGUGUAGAAUUGACUUAAAGGCCAAAAUCAACCGCAGUUACCGCACAUCAAGUCAGACGAUGUCAAGUAAAAAGUUGAAUGAAUGAGAGCUGCUUUGUUUGUGUUCUCACCAAGCUCCUGUUGCAUGAUGGGUUGUCGUUUUGGGACAAAGUGUCCAGCCAACGGGUGCUGGGGUGAUGGCCGGAGGGCGGCUUGGUAUGCCGUGACCUCUCCAGCCCCGUUUUACGACCUCAUCCUCAACAUGAGAAAGGGCUGACCCAGCGUUAACUCUUCAUGCCCACACAGACGCUGUCUGAGACUUUCACUAGAGAGUGAUAGCUCUCCUGUACAGUAACCACAUCCAAUCAGUGAUGGACACCAAACACUGUGCCACAAAAACCUUACAGGGCCUGAUAUUGUCCCCCCAGGUGCCCAUUCACACUUCACACACAGGAAGCAGGGCGAGUAGCGACGACAUCAUCACAUCUUCCAAAAACAUAGCAGACAUUGGAUGAAUAUAAAAUGUUAAAGCUGCAAUAUGUAACUUUUUCACCAAAUUCACAUAGAAAUGUGAGUUAUAGAUCUGUCAUUUUCAUUGAAAGCAAGUCUAAGAAACAGUAGAUCAUCUACAUGCGCUAUUUCUAUGCUUCCAGUUCUUAAGUUUAGUUUUUGCGUCUUGUACUUUCGGUUUUGUACACCAGCUUCAAACGGCUGAAAAUACAAUAUUUUUGUUUAUGUGAAAGAGAUUUCACAGUGGUUUAGAUGGUACAAUGAUUCUCUACACAAUGGCCUCUUGUUUUACCACAAACUGAAAUUGGGCGAACUAUUAGAAUUUUAGCAACCAGGAAAUGGCGGAGCGUUUUCUGCAUAUUGCACCUGUAAUAUCUUGGAAAAAGUGAUGGGAAAAUAAUCGGCCUCAGCGACAAUUAUUUGAAUAAUUCAAUGGGUGUUUUUUGCACAAAGGUGAUGACUAAAGUGUCUUAUUAGGAAUUUUCAAAUCUGACUUCUCUAUGUGGCCGUCUAUGGAAAUUGGCUUUCUGGGCCGGGGGUCUGUUAAACUGCAGUACCGAAGCAAAACUGUAGGAGCAGUAGAAACCGUGCUUCUAGACCGGAACCCUGGCCCCUUAGCAUGGUGCCGUUACUAGUACUGGCCUUUCUGCCUCUCCUCAGUAAUUGACCAUUGAGAGCCAAGGGGCCUGUCCCCAGACCCAACUUCUAUGAUGAAGAAAAAUCUGGUUAGAAUUACUGUUAGGUACAGUACUUCCCCUAUGGAAUUGGAUUAUAUUUAGCUUUUUUCCCUUUAGGGAUUUAUAAAUGCAAUUACUAUUGCCAUUUAGUAUGAUCCUUUUUGGACCUUAACCUGAAUUGGAGCCAACAAGUCUGCAGUAGAAUUUAUCCAGAUAUGGAACAUGAUUUAGGCCUUUACACUCAUGGGAAUUGGCAAAUAUGGAUAGGGCUAAAUUGAAAUGUUUCUUACAGAAGAAAUAUGAAAAGCAUAUGCAUAACCAUGGUAGCAAUUGAAAGGGAACAGUUUGGAGAUAAUGGGAACAUUAUUAGACCAAAGGUGUGUACACUACAGACUGAAUCCAAACAUUUACUGUACUUUUCGCCACAUUUGUUGUUAACAAUCUGAAAAUACUCUGGAAAUUCAGUAACACGAUAAGACUAUUCCUGGAAAAUGUGAUGUAGGUUUGAAUGAAAGGACUAACUGGUGUCUCCAAGUGGCAAUUUCAAUGCACGUUUAUGACUCAAAGAAGAGACUUCAACUUUAAGGUACUGUGCCGUUGAGGAACUAGAGCAAGCACACUUGUAGUUGUUUCGUUCGGAACACAACCCUGCAUCCCCACCAUCACAUAAUUACUGUUAUUUACGCAAUCCAAAAAUGGUCCACUAUAAAUCGCAAUCUGGGUCAGGUAGGCAUGAUUUGAAAGCUUGUUCUAUUGCCAAGAUGCCUAGCUAAGUUAUAAAAUACGAUCUUACAGUGUUAGACUUGCGCAAGGCAAUUCAAAGAAACAGGUCGUAAUUUUGGUGCCCAUAGAAAGGAGUCUGGUAUGUUUGCCGCGGCGACUUUUCUUCACAAUAAACAAACAGGCUCAUUCUGUUGAAAACAACCCAGAGUAUGACGCCAUGGUAUCUUGUAACUGUACACCAAACAUAGUGAUCAUAAACGGUGACAAUAUAUGAUUUUGACAUGUUAAGUGCCCAUUUGGACUCACGGGUGUUUGGCUUGCUUGUAUGACAUCAAAGCUGUAUUUUAUUAUAAUCCUCAACAUCUCAUCUUUCAAAAUACACUGAACAAAAAUAUAAACGCAACAACAAUUUCAAAGAUUUUACUGAGUUACAGUUCAUAUAAGGAAAUCAGUCAAUUGAAAUAGCUCACUUGGUAGAGCAUGGCAUUUGCAACGCCAGGGUUGUGGGUUCGAUUCCCACGGGGGGCCAGUAUGAAAAAAUGUAUGCACUCACUAACUGUAAGUCGCUCUGGAUAAGAGCCUGCUAAAUUACUAAAAUGUAAAAAUGUACAGUUGAAACCGGGAAGAGCACACUUCUCCAGCGUGCCAGUGGCCAUCGAAGGUGAGCAUUUGCCGACUGAAGUCAGUUAUGACGCCGAACUGCAGUCAGGUCAAGACCCUGGUGAGGACAACAAGCACGCAGACGAGCUUCCCUGAGACAGUUUGUGCAGAAAUGAUUUGGUUGUGCAAACCCACAGUUUCAUCAGCUGUCCGGGUGGCUGGUCUCAGAUGAUCCCGCAGGUGAAGAAUCCAAAUGUGGAGGUCCUGGGCUGGCGUGGUUACACGUGGUCUGCUGUUGUGAGGCCGGUUGAACGUACUGCCACAUUCUCUAAAACGACGGCUUAUGGUAGAGAAAUGAACAUUAAAUUCUCUGGCAACAACUCUGGUGGACAUUCCUGCAGUCAGCAUGCCAAUUGCACACUCCCUCAACUUGAGACAUCUGUGGCAUUGUGUUGUGUGAUGAAACUGUACAUUUUAGAGUGGCCUUUUAUUGCCCCCACCACAAGGUGCACCUGUGUAAUGAGCAUGCUGUUUAAUCAGCUUCUUGAUAUGUUAAACUUGUCAGGUGGAUGGAUUAUCUUGGCAAAGGAGAAAUGCUCACUAACAGAGAUGUAAACUAAUUUGUGUACAAAAUUUGAGAGAAAUAAGCUUUUUGUGGGAUCUAUUUAUUUCAGCUCAUGAAACAUGGGACCAACAGUUUACAUGUUGUGUUCAUAUUUUAGUUGAGUCAUCUCAAUUUACGGCAUUUCUCUCACUCAGAAAACAAAACAUUUGCAAGUGUUGCCCAAUUAGCGGGAGGGAUAGGAGCAACCUCUUGUCGCUCGCGGUGCUCAAGUUCAGAACGUCUGUCAGUCAAAACCCUGUGAAGCGCAGAGCAAGAUGUCAUGUAUAGUAUGUUACUGUACAGCCACUACAUUCUUAUUAGUGCCCAAAUCUGCCAUUUUCAACCCGUCCUAUAUACAGUUGAAGUCGGAAGUUUACAUACACUUAGGUUGGAGUCAUUAAAACUCGUUUUUCAACCACUCCACAAAUUUCUUUUUAACAAACUAUAGUUUUGGCAAGUCGGUUAGGACAUCUACUUUGUGCAUGAAACAAGUAAUUUUUCCAACAAUUGGUUACAGACAGAUUAUUUCACUUAUAAUUCACUGUAUCACAAUUCCAGUGGGUCAGAAGUUUACAUACACUAAGUUGACUGUGCCUUUAAACAGCUUGGAAAAUUCCAGAAAAUGAUGUCAUGGCUUUAGAAGGUUCUGAUAGGCUAAUUGACAUCAUUUGAGUCAAUUGGAGGUGUACCUGUGGAUGUAUUUCAAGGCCUACCUUCAAACUCAGUGCCUCUUUGCUUGACAUCAUGGGAAAAUCAAAAGAAAUCAGCCAAGACCUCAGAAAAAGAAUUGUAGACCUCCACAAGUCUGGUUCAACAUUGGGAGCAAUUUCCAAAUGCCUGAAGGUACCACAUUCAUCUGUACAAACAAUAGUACGCAAGUAUAAACACCAUGGGACCAUGCAGCCAUUAUACCGCUCAGGAAGGAGAUGCGUUCUAUCACCUAGAGAUGAACUUACUUUGCUGCGAAAAGUGCAAAUCAAUCCCAGAACAACAGCAAAGGACCUUGUGAAGACGCCGGAGAACACCAUCCCAACCGUGAAGCACGGGGGUGGUAGCAUCAUGCUGUGGGGGUGCUUUGCUGCAGGAGGGACUGGUGCACUUCACAAAAUGGAUGGCAUCAUGAGGAAGGAAAAUUAUGUGAAUAAAUUGAAGCAAGACAUCAGUCAGGAAGUUAAAGCUUGGUCGCAAAUGGGUCUUCCAAAUGGACAAUGACCCCAAGCAUACUUCCAAAGUUGUGGCAAAAUGGCUUAAGGACAACAAAGUCAAGGUAUUGGUGUGGCCAUUACAAAGCCUUGACCUCAAUCCUAUAGAACAUGUGUGGGCAGAACUGAAAAAGCAUGUGCGAGCAAGGAGGCCUACAAACCUGACUCAGUUACACCAGCUCUGUCAGGAGGAAUGGGCCAAAAUUCACCCAACUUAUUGUGGGAAGCUUGUUGAAGGCUACCCGAAACGUUUGACCCAAGUUAAACAAUUUAAAGGCAAAGCUACCAAAUACUAAUUGAGUGUAUGUCAACUUCUGACCCACUGGGAAUGUGAUGAAAGAAAUAAAAGCUGAAAUAAAUAAUUCUCUCUACUAUUAUUCUGACAUUUCACAUUCUUAAAAUAAAGUGGUGAUCCUAACUGACCUAAGACAGGGAAGUUUACUAGGAUUAAAUGUCAGGAGUUGUGAAAAACUGAGUUUAAAUGUAUUUGGCUAAGGUGUAUGUAAACUUCCGACUUCAACUGCAUGUGUAUAAGUGUAAAUGGCUAGCAGGCGUGGAACCAUGGUAAAAAUGUUACACGAGGCAAUUGUAAGUUGAAAAUGUACCACAGAAAUGUGCCAUUGUAGUCUUAAAAUGUAGAACCACUAGGGUUUUGAGGAUCCUCAAGUUCAGCAAGCAAAUACAAUUAGGUGGCGAGCAUUGACCAGGAGGCCUAAUGUGGCCAACAGAAGUCCUCCUCAGUCUCAGGGUGCUCCUUGUUCUGCAUCAUGUGGAAUUGUUAAACAUGGCUCCAGGGGGGAAUUCUCACUGUGUUUGCCUUCUCCCAUGACCCCCCGUAGCCACCACGGCUACAAACACACACACGUGUACACCUCAGUAUACUCAGUCCCGUGUAGCUCAGUUGGUAGAGCAUGGCAUUUGCAACGCCAGGGUUUUGGGUUCGAUUCCCACGGGGGGCCAGUAUGAAAAUGUAUGCACUCACUAACUGUAAGUCGCUCUGGAUAAGAGCGUCUGCUAAAUGACUAAAAUGUCCAGGUCCAGGGUCCGGUCACACUUGUCUUCCACUUCCUGACCCCAUCACUCAAAUGGCCCGCUGUUAAGACACACACUAUACACUCACUCCACCACAGUGUUGUCUCACCCAUAUCUCAGUGUCACUACUAAUCAGUAAACUAAUAAGUAAUAUACUAAUAAGUAAUCUGAGUUGCCAGAUAAAGAAGAACAUUCUACCUCUCCCUGCCUCCCGCCUCCAGAGGCCCAGUCCUGCUCCACCGCCUCCUCCAGAGGCCCAGUCCUGUCUCCACCGCCUCCUCCAGAGGCCCAGUCCUGUCUCCACCGCCUCCUCCAGAGGCCCAGUCCUGUCUCCACCGCCUCCUCCAGAGGCCCAGUCCUGUCUCCACCGCCUCCUCCAGAGGCCCAGUCCUGUCUCCACCGCCUCCUCCAGAGGCCCAGUCCUGUCUCCACCGCCUCCUCCAGAGGCCCAGUCCUGUCUCCACCGCCUCCUCCAGAGGCCCAGUCCUGUCUCCACCGCCUCCUCCAGAGGCCCAGUCCUGUCUCCACCGCCUCCUCCAGAGGCCCAGUCCUGUCUCCACCGCCUCCUCCAGAGGCCCAGUCCUGUCUCCACCGCCUCCUCCAGAGGCCCAGUCCUGUCUCCACCGCCUCCUCCAGAGGCCCAGUCCUGUCUCCACCGCCUCCUCCAGAGGCCCAGUCCUGUCUCCACCGCCUCCUCCAGAGGCCCAGUCCUGCUCCACCGCCGCCUCCAGCCACCAGAGACCAAGUCCUGCUCCACUUACUCCCAGAGAUACAUGGAGAAUGGGAAUCAUAUGCUGGCAGUGGGCCUGCAGGGCUUGGCUGGCCCACAUGAAACAUUAGGAGGCUCCAUGGGACCAGAGAGGAGAGAAGAGGACAUGAGGAGGGGAAUGGCCCCUGGACUCUUUUGCCCUUGUGGGUGGAGGACAGCCCACAGGGCCUGAUGCCCUCCUUAUUUCAACUCCUUUGUUUCCCACAGUUGGCAAGCACAGUACCCCCUUUGUCAUAUAGUAUAUUAAUGCAACCUUAACGUCCAGUACAUUCUGUCCUCUCCAACUGGCCCCAUCCAUUUUCUAUCCACAGGCCUUACAUGCUCUCUCUCCUCCCACUUCAUUAAACCAUAUCUUAUGGAGAACCCAGAACAGUCAUGGUGUUAGUUGAGGAGCUCUGGAGGCUGUGGUAGCUGUGUAUGUUGGCCCACAGUAGAAACUGCAAGCUGUCAUUAGUAGGCUGUUGAUUGGAGGAUAAGGCCUGGCCCUCUCUAAUCAGCUGUUUUGCAUGCUAUUCCUGAUAUAGCCUAGCUCUGUCUGUCGGGGGGGAUUCAACUGCAUGUUUUGGAUUAGCUCCCUGGUGUUGUGAGUGAAAGAUUCGUAGAGGAGGACUCAGUAAAGAGUGAGCGUGUGCUGUCCCAGCCCAGUGGACUGUAGCUGUAUGUGUUUAGGCCUGUCUCUCUAAGGGCCCUGCUGCUUGCCAUAUAGACACACCCACCAGGAGAAAUCCUCCUGUCCUCCUCGCCCUGCGCCUGGGGACACACUGUGGUGGUGUGAUGGAAAAGGUCUUUAUGACAUGUACUGCAAUCAUGGCGUGCUCACACACAUUUGUGCCCAUAUGUAAAUAUGCACCCACGUAUGCGUGCACCAUAAUGGCGUGCACACAUUUGAUGGGAUUUGUAAUAUGUGUGUGUGUGUGUGUGUGUGUGUGUGUGUGUGUGCUCACCAAAUCGCUCUCUUUCUGUCUGUUGUUGCACAGGGAUUGGCUGAAGAGCGAGAGACGCUCCCCUACCACCGAGGACACUGCAGAUGAGAGGUGGUCGUCUGCCCGUCCAACCUACCCAAAAUACCUUCUCCCCAUCCGUCCUCACCUAAGAUGGCUUCCCACGGCCUUCUCCUGCACUGGAAUGGACUGGAGCAGAGCUGCGCCCUACCAUGGUGAUCAUCUUCUCAAAAACACUGGAAAAGAAGAAGGGUGGCGAUCAUGUAAGGGCUAAGGACACUGAAUAUUUGCUGCUGGUGAGUACAACUCUGCUAGACCUAUAACUAAAGCACUGUAACAAGUACCUUACAGGUGCCUCUCUCUCCACCGACCUUGGAAACAUGAGUCUUGGGCUCUGUAUUGGCUUCUCUACAAUACAGCCUAUUGUAGUUUUUGGCAGGGUGCUCGCCAUCAAGGUGUUAACUUCAUAUGGCCUCUACGUUGGUCCUUCUAAAUAAAUUGUAUAUUGUUCUACCUCAGCAGUCGAAUCAAGCAAUUUGGGUGAAAUGGCUUCAACUGAAAUGGGGCCAAUUUGAGUAGUUUUACCUCUUUAUAGCCCUCAGUGUGUACUGUAAGGUGUCUAGCAGUUCUGAAUGCUGACAUUACACUUUAUUGCUGUGACUCCCAGUAAUGUUAAUGACUGCCUGCAUCACCCUGUUUGUUAUUUUCUUUGAAUUGUUCUGUAUGUUCCAGGAUAAACAGGGUAGGUGUGUGUGUGUGUGUGUGUGUCUGUGUGUGUGAGUGCACUCGUUCAUGUUCGAUUCCUGGAAAGUUAUGUACGGACAUGUUUGGAGUCUGAGUAAAUGAGCCUAGUCUAAGCCAUGUCCUCUUUGUCUGUUUUUCUGUAUCCCUCCAUCUGUCCGUCAACAGUGUGAGCGCCGCACCAUGAGCAGAGGGACUACCCUCUUCUCCCGUGGCACUGUGGGUGAGUGCAUCACUCUCCCCUUCACUCAGACUCUGUUGUCCUCACCAUAAUGUUUCUUAUUGUCUUCUCUUAGGCUUUAUUGACUCGGGCUGUUGUGGAAACUGGUUGAAUUGAACAUCUGCUUAUCAUGUCCUCCCUGCUUUUCAUAAAAACGGUCUCACUAUUUGUUCCCAUUCGCUCGCAUUCAUUUCCUUUGUCUUGUUGCCUCGUUAUAAGCUCCCCUAUAGCUGUUUCUGCUGAUCCCCUUCUGUCUCACUUCUCUCUUUCUCCUUCUGUCUCUCAUCUCCCCCUCAUGUCUGGUGUGCACCUGCCUUCACACAGAGCUGUGUACUGCACUCGUGGGACUUAACUGUAACUGACUGACUGUUUUGCCUUUGUCAAUGGUUCCCUUUUGACUCGGUGAACGUCACGCUCCCCCCCCCCCCCCCCGCAUUAAAAGACUUGCUACUGUAAAGAAUUGGACCCGUCCUGUCAUCUGUUCAAUGUACCUGAGAUGGGGUUAACACAAAGGGAUGCACAUCCUACAACUGCUGUAUCUAUUGUUACAGCUGACAUCACAAGACGUGUUAUGUACUAUUAUAUGGCUUCAGGUGGGAUUUAAGUCCUUUGUUGAACACUUUUUACUGGGCGAGGCGAACCUUUUAGACUUUUUCUCCUAUUGUUAUUUUGUAUUCUUGACAUUCUUGUCAGGUCAUGUCGUCGCCCCCGUCCGUAGUUUUUUGGGACUGAAACAAAGACUUCUGCCCACCAAAGAGGGAGAGAGUGUAGGCAAAAUUGGAGAGAAGCAUUCGAAGGGAUGGGUUUGGACAGGGGUGGGCCACUUGCUGCCAAUUGGGUAUCAAUAGAGUUCUGUGCUAGCGUUGAGCUCAGUAGUGGCUAAGUUAGCUAGAACCAGUGUGGUAGGUGUUUUGCCUGUGACGAGUAAUGUUGGCGAAGUCAUUUGUCAAAUUCUGUCUGAAUUUAAACCAAUCAAGUCAGGCUGCCUUUCUGUCAUUAGUGUAGGAAGCCAUCCACCUUCACAGAAUCAUACACCUAGCUAGCCUGUCCUGCUAACUAAACCAGUCGUCAGACUGGGCUGGCUGCUACCAUUAUGUUAGGUAGCAAAAAGCUGUGCUUAGCAAAGUGACACCUGGCUGGCUCUCUGCCAACAAUCAUUUACAUUACAUUUACGCCAUUUAGCAGACGCUCUUAUCCAGAGCGACUUACAAAUUGGUGCAUUCACCUUAUAGCCAGUGGGAUAACCGCUUUACAAAUUGUUUAUUUUUUUUAUUUUUUUUGGGGGGGGUUAGAAGGAUUACUUUAUCCUAUCUCAGGUGUUCCUUAAAGAGGUGUGGUUUCAAAUGUCUCCGGAAGGUGGUGAGUGACUCCGCUGUCCUGGAGUCAUUCAUAGGACAUUUGGAAGUUUUCGUUCAGUCUUCACUUAACUUUUCAGUCUGAGAAAAACCCAUCAACAGUCAAUCAAGUGGUAAAGCAUUGGCCGGUUCAUUGACCUGAAUGUCAUUGUUUGUUUUGUGACUGGUAGUGGUGUUGGCCAAACACCACUGUGCCACUGUUAUCCUAGGCCUGCUCAUGUCAAGUUUUGUUAGCUAAGCGUUCUGUGACAACUGCAAUACUAUAUAAUACAAAAUGUUGUUGAUUAAUGGCACACUGCCAGGUUGCUUGUAUAAUCCUGUACUACCAGUAAGCUCAGGCUAUUGCCCUGCGAGCCACUAUGCAACUGUUGAUCUACCCAACUCAGGAGCUAGCAGCUCUGUUCCAGCAGGUAGUGUACUGUCAAGCAGUGCAGCUUGGGUCGAUCCAAUCCCGUCUGUAGCAUUUCUUCUACUAUCUGGUCUUGAACCACCUUAACCGGGCAUCUAGACCUUGAGUGAUGCGCUCCAUCUCUCUCUAUUAAAACUCCUACAGAUGUGACCAUACUCGCUUCACACGGUAUUAUCUCUCUAACCAAGAGCUGCUACUGCUGGUCUAUUCUCCCUCUGGCCUCAGGCUGCUUACUGUCUAUUGUUUUCUGAAGUGAAGUGUGCGUGUGGUUAUUUACUGGGUUGAUCAUCCUAACUCACAUACGUGAAGAAGCUGCACCUUUAACAUUGAACCUCACCCUGGAAGAAGCUGCAUGCUGCACAUUGAACCUCACCCUGGAAGAAGCUGCAUGCUUCACAUUGAACCUCACCCUGGAAGAAGCUGCACGCUGCACAUUGAACAUCACCCUGGAAGUUUAGCCCUGCUUUCCAUGUCAUUAUUGUUUCACUUGAAGCUAGACUUUAUGUUGACAUGGCCUCUGUAGAUGAGAUGAAGUGGGAUUUUCAAAACUCUGUUAGAUGGCAUAUGGGGCCUUAUGUUACCAGAGGGGACAUGUACUAUAGGAGGAGCAUUACAAGGUGUUAUGAUAGAAAUGAUUUCAGCUUAGGCCCCUGACAAAAAAUACACUUUCCAUCUGUUCUGUCCUGAUUUAUAUGCCCACUUGAAAAUUACAUUUUGUCAAAUUAAAAUAUAUGUAUAAGUGUGUGUUCAUAUGUGUGUGUCCAUGUGUUCCAGAGGCAGACAGGUGGCUGGACCUGGGCCGAGGCUGUGCCAUCCAGCGAGGGACGCCCUGCGAGUCCGGCGCCAGUCUGGAGAGCCUGUGGGACGUUCUGCCUGAGGAGUGCCAGCGGAGGAGCCUGGUCUGGGGCCACGAGGUUGGCCCUGCCACUGCCAUCACCAGCCUCAUCCGAGACCUUAACCUGGGCGAUGCCAAGCUGGCAGCCACCCAGUCCCUGGCCCUCGCCACCUCCACUUCAGCCUCCACAGCGCCCCCUAGCAAGCGCCAGUGCCGCUCGCUCUCCUUCUCUGAAGAGUUUGGUGGCUGCCGGUCAUCAUGGAGACCUCAGGUGUCGCGAGUGUGGACAGCGGUGGAGAAGAGGAGGUGCCACAGUGGGGGGAGUGUGCAUCGCUGCUCUGGAGGAGGUGGUGUAGGAGGUAGUGGAGGUUUUUCAGGGGGUCAUUUUCCUGCCAUGCAGCGGAGCUCCAGUUUCAGCCUGCCCUCCCGCUCCAACAACCCCACAGACAGCACUCUGGCGCUGCCCUGCUUCACCCAGCGCCUGCCCCUUCACCCCCUGUUCACUGCCUCCCCUACCUCCCCCUCCCACCACCACUACCAUCACUCCCUCAGGCCCCUCUCCUUGUCCCAUGAGCAGAUCAGCCUGCCAGAGCACCACAGGGAGGGGGCCAGCUCCCCGGACUUCACCCAAGAGAUGGGGAGACGUGCUGGGCAGAGAGCAGGGGGGACUUGGGGCCUGUCGCGGAGCAAGUCCCAGCCCUGCGUCCUGAACGAUAAGAAGAUCGGCAUGAAGCGCCGGAGACCAGAGGAUGCUAAGGAACCACGGCCCUCCCUGGACCUGGCCAAGAUGACCCAGGUUAGUAACCAUGGACACACACACACACACACCUCAAUGGUCUGCCAAGAGUGUCUGCCCAUACCAAAUGACUGAAAGGCUAAACAUAUUAGUGGAUUUUGAUUAUGUUAUGUUGACUCCGACAUUUCAGAGCUUCAUCGUUAUUUUCUCAUCUCGAUUAAGCAUGGAUCAAGUUUCAUCCAAGUCUUUACACAGCUUUAAUACCUUUAAUAACCUGAGUACAUAAGGUUAGAUCAGGUCAAACAAAUGACUAACAAAGGAAUACCUCUGUUCAGAGAUGGGGAACAUUCAAGGCUUCUUUCUCUGUGUCUGAUCUGGUGGGGGAUUGAAACAGGCUGUAUUAAGUUUUCUGGGUCAGUGGUUUGUAGCGCAGAGGGUAAGUAUUUUUUCCAAGCCUCCCCUUUGGGAAGUGACAUUAACUAAGGAGCAUUUAUUGUGUUCCGUCACGCUUCACACUGCCAUGCUCUACCACACUCGGCUCUGGUUAUCAUUUCAUUGACUCUGUUGGGUAAACACAAUGCAAAGUUUGAACCCACACAGUCCACUUCCCUCCCUCCCUCCAUUUUUUGCUGGAUCACAUUCUGCCUGGCCUAGGGGAGGCUUGUUUGUGCUUGUGUAAUGUCAGAGGAAGUCGUGGAACUGCUCUGAGAUUACUACUUGAUGGCUCCAUAUAGAAUGGAUGGAUAGCAUACUGGAUGCAGUCUAAUUUUGCACAUUGAUCAGACAUUGUACGCAGCCACUAUAUGCAGUUUACAGUGACCCAGUGACCUGGCUCACUUGGCUCUAUCCCUCUGACCAAUGCGUCUCCCUUGAGAAUGAGCUGUGAUAGAUAGCACAGUUUGGAAUUAAAUCCAGCACAUAUAGAGCUAGCACAGUGUAAACACAGAUGAAGCUAGCUGAUAUUACUCUGUGCCUCUCCUACCUCCUCAACCCUGCUCAGAGGUCCCCUGUCCUCUCUAGAGACCUCUAAAUCUGACCUAGAAAGCAUUCAACCUCAACCCCCCCCCCCCUUCCUGUUCUCUCCCCCCUCUCUAAGAAACUGUUCCUAGCCACCCUGAGGGUAUAGCCAAGGUUGGAUCAACAAGUGUUCAGUAAUGGAGCCUAGCAUGUUUCCUGUGUCCAUGCCAGCCGCUAAGAGAGGAAAACCAAGAGCAUUUUCAUUAUCCACACCAGUUACCUCCGCUCUCUGGAAUUCCUCAGUACGCCUCUCCAAUGGCUCACGGGCUUUUCUUUUGGCAUCGAGAGUACCCAAAUGGAGGCUAGUUUUUAAUAACCUUGUUUUUGUUUUGGGUUGGGAUUGUACGACUGCGCUUUAGCAUUGUGUGAGGAGGACUGAUGAGAUCGGGUGGUGUGGGUUUGAUCAGUAGUUUAAAGCCUCACACGCAUGAAACCAGAUAUCCACUUAGCGGUAUUACUCUCUCACAACACAGAAUAAUAUAGGUCAUGAAAGCACACUGACACAUAGAUACACACACACACAUUGUCAGAGAUGCACACACCCAAACUCAGUCACUCUCGGUCAAACUCGGUCCUGGUGAGUAUAGUAAGGUUUAGGUAAGGUAAUGAGUCAGACUCAGUACUCUAAACUUACAUUCUACAUUGAAUUUACAUUUUAGUCAUUUAGCAGACUCUCAUAUUCAUUUUUACGAUAUAGCCAAUUUGGACUUUGUGGCUGUGGUAACUAGUGACAACAUUUGUAAUGCAUGUUUAGGGGUGAGGGGUUCGCCAGACCCAGAGACGUGUGGUGGUCUCCGGAUGAGGACAGAUGAUGAGUGUUAACUGCUGGUUGGUUAAAAGGAAGAGUGAAGGCGGACAUUUUUGGCUGGUUACAACAUGUGUUCUGCCUGACAUCGAGAGAGAAUUAAUGGAAAGGAGGGUAUGUUGGGCAUAGAUUAGAUUUUAUGGCUGGUUGCUGGAAUUCUGUCCUCUCCAAUCCAAGUAGGAUUAGUGCGGGAAUCGUUUAAUUUUCUGUUAAUUGAGAUGUUAAUUUGUCAUGUCACUCUGUUCAUAUUUAUUGACAUUUGACUUGUUCGUGUGGGAAGCAACUCAGAUUGACUUUAACAAGCAUAAUUGCAUGAGAAUGUGAUUGCCCAAUUCUCUCAGAGGCUGUUUUUACAUGUGAAAGUGAUUCAAAAGGGCAAAUCCACCUUCAAUCACUAUGGGUGUGUAUGCAUAUGUCCUGACGGUGAAAAUUAAAAGUGACUGCUUCUUCAUGUAUGAGAGUUGGGCCUUACCCAGUGAAUAACACACACACACACACACACACUCCACUCUGUGUAGAGAAACUAGGUGAGAGGUGUCAGGACUAGGUCUACCAUGGAUUGGUUAAAUGGAUCAAGGUGUUGCUGUUGCACCAUAUAGGCCUAGCAGUGAUCCUAUGGCCUCUGUCAAGACUACAUCUAAGGGAACAACAGUGUUUGGCUACAGUGAGAAUAACAGGUUUGUUAUUCAGCAGGUGGAACAUGUUGUACAUCCCCCUUGUGUUUUGGAUCAGACUUGUAUCAAAGAUUUUUUAUAACUAAACCAAGAUAGACCACAGCCUGUCGUUUCAAAUGGGAACAAAUGAGUCAUAGUGGCCAGAACAAGCAAGGAGGUGGGCAGAGCCAAGUACGAGCUAGCGAGAUCCUAUCGGCGCGUUCUAGCAUGCAUGUGCAUAUUUCCAUUAGGGAACGCCUACUCUGUGAGGUGCGCGUGUGCAAUAACUCAAUUAGCCUUUGCACUCCUUCUAAACAAUGCAAUUUUUUAACAACUUUGGCAAAGAGUAAAGUCUACAAGUGGCGCAGUGGUCUAAUGCACUGCAUCACAGAGCUAGCUGUGCCACUAGAGAUCCUGGUUCGAAUCCAGGCUCUGUCGUAGCCGGCCGUGACCGGGAGACCCAUGGGGCGGCGCACAAUUCGUCCAGGGUAGGGGAGGGAAUGGCCGGCAGGGAUGUAGCUCAGUUGGUAGAGCAUGGCGUUUGCAACGCCAGGGUUGUGGGUUCGUUUCCCACGGGGGGCCAGUAUAAAAAAAACAAACAAACAAAAAAAAUAUAUAUGUAUGCACUCACUAACUGUAAGUCGCUCUAGAUAAGAGCGUCUGCUAAAUGACUUAAAUGUAAAUGUACAAAACUUAGUCAACUCUGUUCGUAAUAUAUUUUUGUUUUGGGAACAGAAAAUUGUAUUGAGAUCAAAUGUUUCAUUGAUGAGAAAAUUAGCAGAAUGUCGGCCAAAAUCCAUCUCGUUCCAUCUUCUCCCACUGCUGGCAACUGGGCUUAAUCUCACUACCAUAUUUGGUAGUGAGUGGAAACGCCAAGCAAUUGCUUCACAUUUAUACAUCCAGUGAAAUAUCUGUCUCAUUGUUCUAUCUGUGUUUGUAUUAUGUAUCCAGUGCAUGUUGUAGAUCAAGGAUCAUCAACUAGAUUCAGGCCUGUUUGUUUCUAGAGUUCCAUACGAUCACAUAUACACGACAUGACCAAAAGUAUGUGGACACCUGCUUGUCAAACAUCUCAUUCCAAAAUCAUGGUCAUUAAUAUGGAGUUGGUCCCCCCUUUGCUGCUAGAACAGCCACUCUUCUGGGAAGGCUUUCCACUAGAUGUUGGAACAUUGCUGUGGGGACUUGCUUCCAUUCAGCCACAAGAGCAUUAGUGAUGUCAUUGCAUGCUGUAGCGUUAAGAUUUCCUUUCACUAGCCUGAACCAUGAAAAACAGCCCAAGACCAUUAUUCCUCCUCCAACAAACUUUACAGUUGGCGCUAUGCAUUGGGGCAGGUAGCGUUCUCCUGGCAUCCGCCAAACCCAGAUUCAUCCAUCGGACUGCCAGAUGGUGAAGCGUGAUUAAUCAGUCCAGAGAACGUGUUUCCACUGCUCGUGUGCGGCUGCUCGGCCAUGGUAACCCAUUUCAUGAAGCUCCCGACGAAUAGUUAUUGUGCUGAACAGUUUGGAACUCGGUAGUGAGUGUUGCAACGGAGGACAGACAAUUUUUACGCGCUAUGCGCUUCAGCACUCAGCGGUCCUGUUCUGUGAGCUUGGUGUGGCCUACCACUUCGCGGCAGAGCAGCAUUUACAGUUGACAAGGGCAGCUCUAGCAGGGCAUAAAUGUGACUAACUGACUUGUUGGAAAGGCAUCCUAUUACAGUGCCAGGUCACUGAGCUCUUUAGUAAGGCCAUUCUACUGCCAAUGUUUGUCUAUGGAGAUGUUUGUCAAUGGGUAUGGCUGAAAUAGCCAAAUCCACUAAUUUGAAGGGGUGUCCACAUCUCUGUAUUAUGUGUGGGAAUACUUGGGAACAGAUGGCCAAAAUUCUAAUCACUUGGAGCUGAUUUCCUGGUGUUUUUACAGUCUUAUGUCCAACAUCUCUGGAGGAGAUGGCUGCCAUUUUAAGACUCCUAACCAAUUGUGAUAUUGUGUGUGUUUUUCUGUGUGAUUUGUAACUUAUUUUGUACAUAAUGUUUCUGCCACCAUCUCUUAUGACCGAAAAGGGCUUCUGGAUAUCAGAACAGUGAUUACUCACCUCGUACUGGACAAAGAUUUUUUCUUUAAUGAGUUGGACGCGAAGGAUUUACUUCAGAAAACAAAUAUAUAUAUAUAUAUAUAUAUAUAUAUAUAUAUAUAUAUAUAUAUAUAUAUAUAUAUAUAUAUAUAUAUAUAUAUUUGUUUUUAUUAUUCUACUUUUUUGGUCAGAAAACUUGGAGGGGAGGGGGCAAAAAAAACCAGCUGCGGGCCGCCAGUUGGGAAACCCUGUUGUAGAUCAUGGAACAUCGUGUUAGUGUAGAAUACCAGGGUGGUUCUAGUGUAUAUCCCUCAUCCAUACUGAUGCAACGGGGUGUGAAUUCUGUGGAUGCAUGUUGUGCUAAUGAACUAAGGCCCAGCCACCAGUUGGAAUUUGUGUGUGUCUGAGAGAACUUGCAGGGCAGAGAGAGGGGGGUAUUUUAUUUCUCCCUAAAUCUCCCCUGCUGGCGGAGGGCUGGCAGAGUGGAGUCUCGUGGCCUAUUAAUAUCUCCUCAUUGGCCUGAGUUCAGGCUCAUAAAAUGACGGGGGGGGGGGGGGGGCACCCUUCCCUUCCCUUCCCUUCCCUUCCCUUCCCUUCCCUUCCCUUCCCUUCCCUUCCCUUCCCUUCCCUUCCCGUUCUCUCCUCCCCUCCUCCAUUUCUGGGAUGAUAGUCAUGGCGAGCAUAGCUGAGCUGCAGUCCUUGCGGGGUUGUGGGAACACCUAAGUGGGUGGGUGUGGUGGUGUGGCGUGGAGUGGGGCCCUGCUGUGGCUGCAAACUAUACACACAAACAAACACACAUGGACACACAUGUAGAUCUGCUAAACUUGUCCUUGUCUGUCUAUCUGUCUGUCUGCCAGUUAUGGGUUAAGCUCUACUUCUCUCCCUCCCUGUUCUUUCCCUCCCUGUUCUGUCCUAUCCUAUCCUGUCCCUCCUUGUCCUGUCCUGUUAUUUUUCCUCCUGUGUGUCUGUGUGCUCCAGGAGGUCUCUCUCUCUCUCUCUUCCCCAUAACACACUGUCUCUCUGGGGGCAGUUUAUUGUACCAGUACCAUGCUUUUUAUAUGGCGCUAGGAAAUACGCUCUGAGGAAGAGUGUGUGUGUGUGUGUGUAGCACUGUUUUGCCAGCUUGUUAGUAGGGUGUUGUUUUGAGUGUUUGUUCACAGCCCCAUUAUCCAGGGGGAUAUUUCCUUAACCUCUUAGCAUUGUGUGUUUGUGUGUUCCCACACUAGCAACUGUCCACACUAUCCAGCUAGAACAAAAUGCUAUGCGCCUUCUAGGGCUGGAGGGGCUUACAGGACUGGCGAGGUGUGUGUAUUGUGUGUGUACAUUUGUGGGUUACUUUUCAAGAGUGGUGCUCUAGAAGAAGAAAAAAGCUGGGUAAACUGCAGAGUAUUAAAGCUCCUUACCCCAAAUUUAACAGGAAGCAGAAAAUACCCUCCUCUUGCCAUCCACUUCCCCUCUCUCUCUCUCUCUCUCUCUCUCUCUCUCUCUCUCUCUCUCUCUCUCUCUCUCUCUCUCUCUCUCUCUCUCUCUCUCUCUCUCUCUCUCCCUCUCUCUCUCUCCUCUCUCUCUCUCUCCGUCCUCUCUCUCUCUCUCUCUCGCUCUCUCCAUCCUCUCUCCUCCUCCUCUCUCUCCUCUCUCUCUUCAGUGUGCUAUAGGAGGGGAUACUACAGGGGUUGAAGAAAGAGGGUGAGGCCCUCAAAAAAGAAAGAAGCUAAACGAUGCCAUUAACUACUGUUAAAUGUUUACAUCCAUGGCCUUUGCUUGUCUGUAUUUUUCUCUUGAGGUAACUAGAGUUAAGCAUUGGCCUCCAGUGGUCACCUGACAUACAGUAUUAUAAUAUACUGUAGGUGUGCCAGAGUACAACUUUGGAAGUAUGCUUGGGGUCAUUGUCCAUUUGGAAGACCCAUUUGCGACCAAGCUUUAACUUCCUGACUGAUGUCUUGAGAUGUUGCUUCAAUAUAUCCACAUAAUUUUCCUUCCUCAUGAUGCCAUUUAUUUUGUGAAGUGCACCAAUCCCUCCUGCAGCAAAGCACCCCCACAGCAUAAUGCUGCCACCCCCGUGCUUCACGGUUGGGAUGGUGUUCUUCGGCUUGCAAGCCCACUCUUUUCCUCCAAACAUAACGAUGGUCAUUAUGGCCAAACAGUUCUAUUUUUGUUUCAUCAGACCAGAGGACAUUUCUCCAAAAAGUACAAUGUUUGUCCCCAUGUGCAGUUGCAAACCGUAGUCUGUUUUUUUUAUGGAGGUUUUUGAGAAGUGGCUUCUUCCUUGCUGAGCGGCUUUUCAGGUUAUGUUGAUAUAGGACUUGUUUUACUGUGGAUAUAGAUACUUUUGUACCUGUUUCCUCCAGCAUCUUCACAAGGUCCUUUGCUGUUGUUCUGGGAUUGAUUCGCACUUUUUGCACCAAAGUACGUUCAUUUCUAGGAGACAGAACGUGUCUCCUUCCUGAGCGGUAUGAUGGCUGUGUGGUCCCAUGGUGUUUAUACUUGCGUACUAUUGUUUGUACAGAUGAACGUGGUACCUUCAGGCAUUUGGAAAUUGCUCCCAAGGAUGAACCAGACUUGUGGAUGUCUACAAUUUAUUUUCUGAGGUCUUGGCUGAUUUCUUUUGAUUUUCCCAUGAUGUCAAGCAAAGAGGCACUGAGUUUGAAGGUAGGCCUUGAAAUACAUCCACAGGUACACCUCCAAUUGACUCAAAUGAUGUCAAUUAGCCUAUCAGAAGCUUCUAAAGCCAUGACAUCAUUUUCUGGAAUUUUCCAAGCUGUUUAAAGGCACAGUCAACUUAGUGUAUGUAAACUUCUGACCCACUGGAAUUGUGAUACAGUAAAUUAUAAGUGAAAUAAUCUGUCUGUAAACAAUUGUUGGAAAAAUGACUUGUGUCAUGCACAAAGUAGAUGUCCUAACCGACUUGCCAAAACUAUAGUUUGUUAACAAGACAUUUGUGGAGUGGUUGAAAAACUAGUUUUAAUGACUCCAACCUAAGUGUAUGUAAACGUCCGACUUCAACUGUAUGUCUGAAUGUUAGCCCUGCUCAUGUUUUAGCCACAGAAUGUAAAGCUGACGUUGGCCAUAGAUAGUGAACAUUAAAGUUAUAUAAACGUAUCACUUUAUAUUUAUAUCUAUUGAAACAUUGAAAUGCCUUUUGCUUUUAUUUGAUUUCUCUCAUAACAUGCAUGUUUUCGAAAAACAUUUGGGAAAAGUCUCUACCAGUUCAUUGUAACAGGAAGAAGUGAAUGAGGGAUUUCAGGAACAUUAAAGUUGUCCAUCAUGUGUGCCGUGGGCUCUAGCAACACACUCAUCUCUAUUCACCUCCAUGCCUCCAACAUCUGCUACUGGGAGAGAGGGACGCUUAACCCUUUCACAGCUGGAAUGUCUUAGGUCUGGCUCUAUUAGAAGGCUGAGGGAAAGUAGUUUAAUGAUGCGACAUGUUUUUUAGAGAAGCAAACAUUGCAUAAUAAGGCAUCAAUACCACAUGUCAAAAUAAUUGAAGUUCAGUACAUAUACUAACACAGAUGGAAAAAGAUGGAUAUGAAUAAUCCUUAAAUGCCUAGAGUAGCCUGCACCAGUUUGAAUAUAAAAGUGUUAGGUUGAUGAUAUAGGUUCACAUAUGGGUGUAGACAUAGGGGUAUCUUGCAUUGACAGUUGGCACACAAAUAAAUUAAACUCAGUCUGCCCUGUGUUGGGCCACAUGGGAUGUGGUAAUCAAGGUUAAAGGUAAUGCGUUAACAACCAAACACAUGCACACAGCCACACACACACACAGCUCUUCACAUAACAACAUAACACAUGGUCAAACUCUCUUUCUCUCUCUCACACUCAUUAGUAAACACACACACGCACACUCUCUCUCGCUUAAGCACACAUGUCGUUGUAACCCAAAUAGCCUGCUUUGCACACCUUGCCUGGGCACAGUGUGUUUGUUGUACUCACACGUCUCUGGUCUCUGAAUGGAGAGAUCACACCCUGAGUAAACAUAGAGCUGCUCCAGAGUCAUCUUUUCUCUCCUGGGGGCUUGUGAUGUCCAUUUGUGCAUCCAUUUACCAGGAACAGACAAACUCUCUCUCUCUCUCUCUCUCUCUCUCAGCAAUAACCAUCCCUAACCAACUUUGUCCAACACAUUAUUAUUCAUAAGUGUCAACUAGAUGAUGGGUGUAUGAGCUGGCCAGAUCAGGAGGUUUACCAAGCUAGGUCAAGCCAAACAAUAGGAAGAAUAGUAUAUAGAACAUUGUAAGUCUUCAGGAAAGUUUGUCCCUUUGCCUGGUGUGUGUUUAGUGCUUCAUCCCCUCAGUGCAGCAGGACAGGGAGACUCAUGGGGUUGGGAGGAAGAGGAUACCUUGGUGGUUUGCAACUGAUCGCACCAUGUCAUCGUUCCACUGUGUUUCCUCUGACUGAGUGUAGACUGUGAACAGACUCACCAGAACAUUAACAAAACUAGCUCCCAAGUGGGAGGGCGAGCUCAGCUCCACCGGUGAAGCAGGAGUCACACACCCACAGGCCAUGAAGGCCAAGUUAUCAGGUUUCUCUCAACAACUCUGUGUUCCAGAUGACUUAAUGACAUUUUUGAAGUGUACAUACAUAGGUUUUGUGACCUGUAUCAAGAUUGAACAGUGAGACGACGAUACUAUAAAUAUGUUAUGUGUUGUUAUACUAAUCAAUAUCUCCCUUUCUUUCCCUCGCAUUUCUUCUCUCAAACAGAAACUCCAGACAUUCCACAGCUUGAGCUGCCCUGGGUUCUCUGGUCCGGACAGCUGUCACUCAAACAUGCCCCCGCCCUCUGCCAGGAGCUUGAGCCAAUCGGAAUCUGACUUCGCCUGUGCGUCUGACCUAUGUGCUGAGACUCAACAGGAAGUGGACGAGGAGGAGGAUGACUCUUCCUAUAAGGAGUUGGACAGUGACUCAGCGUGUAGCCUGGACUCUAGGCCUGGGUCCCCAUGCAGGGGAGGGGGGGGGAGAAUGGGGCAGGGACACACCCUCUGGAAGGGUGAGUGUGGGACAGAGAAGGACAUCUACCAGCUGGGGGGUGAGCUGGACAUCGACCAGAUCGAGAGGAACUGA